AUGGGUCGUGCACUGGCGGUGGUGUUUACCACAUUGGUGCUACAAGCAUUAUGGGGCUCUGUAACAUUAUCUACUAGAUCUUUACCGAAACUAACAUUUAGCUUUUACAUUCCAGCCUUUUCUUCCCUGCUGGGCCCACGCACAGCGGCCACCAAGAUCGUCGACCAAGCCGAGGUGGAAGGGAAUGAAUAUUGUCACUCUUGCGUCAAAAUCGACAACAUCUGCUACAACCACACCUACUUGUUCGAGCUCCCCGCUCCUUUCGGUGGACAACACCCCGUCGUUAAAAGAAUGGGCAUCAUGAACUUUACCAACGUUAUAUAUUAUACUUUUGAACCAAAGUUCAGUGAUAAAGAAUACUCCAAAGUCGGCUACAUAUCGUUAUACUAUCCGGAAUUCUCUGGCGUAAUCUCCGGCGGGCAGACUUUCAACUUUGGUCCCUUUGAUAUAGAUCACACAGAGAGAAAAGUAUAUCUAGGUGGUUCCGAUGGUAUAUGGGUGGUUGACGAUAUCAACUAUUUUCCAACAUAUUUUAUUGAGAAGUCGAAUCUCAUUACUAACGUUGUUGUAAAGGACUAUGUAUAUUUUACUACGUCAGAUCGUAAAGGAAUAUUUAAAUAUUUUGCCGGGUAUUAUUUCGUUCAUUUAGCAGAUAAAACGAUACAUAAGUUUGUUUUGGAUGGCGAGUAUAAUAUCGUGUAUUUAAAUGAUACUGGAUUAUUUAUUUCAUUUCUUAAUAAAAACCACAGAGAUGUACAAUUAUCAACGGAGCCGUGGAUGAGAGGUUUAACUGUUGAUAUGAAAGGAUCGGUGUACGCUUGGGAUAUAUAUGGGAUAUAUAAAGUGAUUGUAGACAAAGUUCUUUCCCAGUCUACAUUGAAACGUGUUACCGGUAUAGCUCCGGAUGCGAUGGCAUUUGAUGAGUCAAACAACAUCAUAUAUUCGAUCAAAAAAAAGUUGUACAAGUUGGCCAAAGUUGCUACCAGUAAGUGUUUUGCUAGGUAA